GCAGGUUGACAUACUGUACAACAGAACAAAGCUGUGAUAGUGGGAGGAAUGUAAAAGAGGCUCGAAAGAUAGACACAGGUCCAGUGAGGCUUCUACCAUCACUUGAUUUUUCUCUUAAAGGAGGAGGUUCGAUAUAAAGCAUGGACACACCCACUGUAACACACUCGUAAUCUCCAUCUGUAAAUCCUGCCGUCGCUUGACUUCAAAGCACAAAGUGAAGAGACGAGGCAGUGAAGGUGUCUCUGAAAGGGAAAAUAAUAAUGAACUGAAGUGAAAGGGAACAGGGUGGAGGAGGAGAGUCAACAAAUCAAAGAUGAAUACAAAGGCUCGGAGGAGAAAGCUGGGAUACGUUUGAGACGAGGAGUUUCAAGAGGGAGCUUGGAUCUAUCAUUCCAUCACUCGUGUUCCAUCAUGGUGGACUUUUUCGUCAACCGAGUUCUGGUGGAGAACAACUGGGACCAGGAUGAGCUCAACACCGAGCGAGAAAUUGUUGGAAUUCUGGAAAACCGCAUCCUCCUGCUGCUCUUUGCAUCCGCAGAGUGCGGCAAGUGCAAGGAGUUUGUGCCUGUUCUCAAUGACUUUUUUAAGCGACUGAAAGAUCCAGCUUACAUUGAAUAUCCCAGACUGCUGGCGCUCAUUUACAUCAGGUCUCAACCAGCCACUUGGCUUGUUUUUAUGACACCGCGCAAGAUGAGAUCAUGUGCAUUCACUUGUUCAUUUCCAUCUCUCCGCAGCUUGGACCAAUCAGAGGAACAGCAGGGAAGAUUUCUCAAAGAGAUGCACAAAAAGGUUCUGUUUUUGGCCUUUGAGGACCCAUACAGGAAGGAACUUCAGGCCAAGUUCAAGGUGAAAGAUGUCCCCACCGUGGUGGUCCUUCGUCCAGAUGGCUCUGUCCUGUCUCCGAACGCUGUGCAGGACAUUUAUCGAUUGGGUUCCGAGUGUUUCCUCAACUGGCAGGAAUCGUCAGAGCUGAUUGAAAGAAGCUUCAUGCUAAACGAGGAGUUCGACAACCUGAAUAUGCGAAGCGCCACAGACCCUGUGAGGAGGCUCAAAUACAAGACAGAGGACGACAAGAGGAAAAAAAGAUGGUGGCGGUUGUGGGGUAGAGGGAGAGCUGACAAUGAAGAAAGUGGAAGCGUGGGAUACAAAGAGAGAGGAGGACUGUAAAUUAACACAAAAGGAAGGACCAAAAAGGAGUACAAAUUAUUUCUUGAAAAGGCAAAGCUUAUCCGGCUUUGUUGUUUUCAUUCCUAAAAGUCCUAAAAAACAAUACUAAUUCAUAU